GGAAGAGGAAAAUGGCACAAACAACCCCGAGCGCCGGGACCGCUGAGGAGGAGGAGGCGCCGCCGCCCCGGGCCGCGCGGCCCCUUUAAGAGGCGCGGAGUCGCCCCUCCUCCUCCUCCUGCCCCUUCCGGAGCCGGCCGGACCCGGGGUGACGGCGGUCCCCGCGCCCCUUCCCCCUGCCCGCCCCCUUCCCCAUGGUGCCGACCCCGGUGGCGGGGCGGUUGCCAUGAACAGCAGCGGCCUGCCCUGCUCGUCGCCGUCGCCGGUGGUGGGGCCGCCGCCGGGGGCGGGGGUCGGCGUGGCGGGUCCGGCGGCCGGCGGGGCGGGGGCCGGCGGCGGCGGCGGGGCCGUGAAGCUGAAGUUCUGCCGCUACUACGCCAAGGACAAGACCUGCUUCUACGGCGAGGAGUGCCAGUUCCUGCAUGAGGAGCCGGGCGCCGCCCUGCCGGCCCGGGCCCCGCCGACCCCCCUCGGCGGGCUCCCGCUCGGCAUCCCCCCACCCGCCGCCGCCGCUGGGACGAGCUACUCGGCUCACGGGGCCAGCUCGGGCCCGGCGGCAGCGGUGGUGGGGCCUAAGAAAGCCGAGCUGGGGGCGGGAGGCGGUGGCGGCGGGGGGCUGGAUGGCCCGCGGCUGGCGAUUCCCGGAAUGGAUGGUGGUGGGUUAGCUGAUGCUAAUCUAACGGAUUCAUACUUUAGCACCAGCUUCAUUGGCGUUAAUGGAUUUGGAAGUCCUGCUGAAACCAAGUAUCCCAUGAUGCAGAGGAUGACAAAUAGCAGCAGCUCCCCUAGCCUUCUCAAUGACAGUGCCAAGCAGUACGCAGGCCAUGAUCCACUAACUUCACCAAAUUCAUCCUUGUUUAAUGACUUUGCUGCCCUCAGCGUAUCUCAAAGGAGGAAGCUGGCAAAACCAGCAUUUCCUUCGUUUAUCACUGACUUGGAGGACAGAUAUAAUACAGUCGUGCCCAGGAAGUAUCGACUGGGAAUGCUGGAUGAGAGGAUAGUUCCCGUGGGAUCAAAAGCAAGAAAAUCAAAGAACCCUAUUGGCUGUCUGGCUGACAGGUGUAAAACAGGAGUACCCAUCAAUAUGGUUUGGUGGAACAGAGUCACAGAAAACAAUUUACAGACACCAAAUCCUUCUGCAAGUGAGUUUAUUCCUAAAGGAGGAUCAACCUCCAGGCUGAGUAAUGUAUCCCAGUCAAGUAUGUCUGCCUUCUCUCAAGCCUUGUUCUCUCACCCCUCCAUGGGAAGUCCUGCUACUGCUGGGUUAGCACCAGGAAUGUCACUGUCAGCAGGAUCUUCUCCUCUUCAUUCUCCCAAAAUAACUCCUCAUACAUCUCCUGCUCCUCGAAGAAGAAGUCAUACUCCUAACCCAGCAAACUAUAUGGUGCCUACUAGUGCCUCUGCGUCUGUCACUAACGCUGUCUCUCAGCCUCCAUCUACUGGCCAGGUGAUCCAGAAGGAAACAGUGGGUGGAACAACGUACUUCUACACUGAUACAACUCCAGCACCUCUCACAGGAAUGGUUUUUCCAAACUACCACAUCUACCAUCCAGCUGCACCUCAUGUUGCUUACAUGCAGCCAAAAGCAAAUGCACCUUCCUUCUUCAUGGCAGAUGAGCUCAGACAGGAGCUCAUCAACAGACACUUAAUAACUAUGGCCCAGAUUGAUCAGGCUGAUAUUCCUGCAGUUCCUGCGGAAGUGGACAGCUACCACAGUCUCUUUCCUUUGGAACCACUGCCACCGCCCAAUCGUAUACAGAAAACGAGCAACUUUGGGUACAUUACAUCGUGCUAUAAAGCUGUAAAUAGUAAAGAUGACCUGCCCUAUUGCCUUCGGAGGAUACAUGGUUUCCGUCUUGUUAACACGAAGUGCAUGGUAUUGGUUGACAUGUGGAAAAAGAUUCAGCACUCAAAUAUCGUAACUUUGCGUGAAGUGUUUACCACUAAAGCUUUUGGAGAACAUUCUCUAGUGUUUGCAUAUGAUUUUCAUGCUGGAGGAGAGACUAUGAUGAGCAGACACUUCAAUGACCCUAGUGCUGAUUCCUAUUUCACAAAACGGAAAUGGGGUCAGCAUGAUGGACCUCUGCCACGGCAGCAUGCGGGGUUGCUUCCAGAGUCUUUGAUAUGGGCAUAUAUUGUGCAGCUCAGCUCUGCCUUACGGACCAUUCACACAGCAGGACUGGCGUGCAGAGUUAUGGAUCCAACCAAGAUUCUGGUAACAGGAAAAACAAGGUUACGAGUUAAUUGUGUUGGAAUCUUUGACGUUUUGACAUUUGACAACAGUCAAAAUAAUCCACUGGCAUUAAUGGCUCAGUUUCAGCAAGCAGAUCUGAUCUCCCUGGGGAAAGUUGUGUUGGCUUUGGCUUGCAAUUCUUUAUCAGGAAUUCAGAGAGAGAAUUUGCAGAAAGCAAUGGAACUGGUGACAAUCAACUAUUCCUCUGACCUGAAGAAUCUGAUUUUGUAUUUGCUGACUGACCAAAACAGACUUCGCAGUGUAAACGAUAUCAUGCCUAUGAUUGGUGCACGAUUCUAUACUCAGUUGGAUGCUGCUCAGAUGCGAAAUGAUGUUAUAGAAGAAGAUCUAGCAAAGGAGGUGCAAAAUGGAAGGUUGUUUAGGCUCCUAGCAAAAUUGGGAACAAUCAAUGAGAGGCCAGAGUUUCAGAAGGACCCAACAUGGUCAGAAACUGGAGACAGGUAUUUACUAAAGCUCUUUCGAGAUCACCUUUUCCAUCAGGUGACAGAAGCGGGUACUCCUUGGAUUGACCUCAGUCACAUUAUCUCAUGUCUUAACAAGUUAGAUGCUGGUGUGCCAGAAAAAAUAAGCCUCAUUUCCAGAGAUGAGAAGAGUGUACUUGUGGUAACUUACAGCGAUUUAAAACGCUGCUUUGAAAAUACUUUUCAAGAACUGAUUGCAGCCGCAAAUGGUCAGUUGUAGUAUUUGCUGAAAGCAUGCAGGACAUUGCUGAGGAACUUAACCUAUAGCAAAUUGCACUACAGCUGAAUUGUUGUUGUCAUCUCAUUUCACAUUUGGGAAACAAACAGGAGAUGAGCAAAGCUGCUUGCACUUCAGUCAGGUACACUGUUACUUGAAGGGAAGAAUGUUUCACUUAUCCUAGAGCUAAGGCUGCCAUUGGAGGCUUUAUCUGUGAAGAAUUUAUUUUAGAUUAAGGAACACAUCAGGUGCAUGAUGUUCCUACUUUUAUUUUUUCCACUUGUAUAUGCACUAAUUUUAAUUUUUUUAAGACUUUUCUGAUCUCUGAAGUUUUGCCACAUUGUAUACUUAAGGGAAACUCUUUGCAAGGACAUUUCUGGGAUACAUUUUUGUCACUGAGGAUAUAGCAAAAUUUAUUCAUUUUUUGAUAUUAUUUGCACCCAGAAUAGCAUAAAGGACCAGGUAAAUAAUUUAAUAGAAAUUGUGUUCUAUUAAUGACCGUUUAGUUCGUAACCUCUGUAAAAGUGUGUUGUAUGCAAGCUCUGUAUGCCACCCACUGUUAGCUCAAAGAAAUGUGAGAAGAAGCAACUUUUUAAAACCAGUCAAGUGAAGCAUUGGUGAAUUGACUAAAAAGGAAAGAAAGUCCCCUGUCAUUCAAUUUAAACUUUGUCUAAGCGAAGUGACGAAAACAGCAUAAUGGGAAACAUCUUUAAUUUAAGGAGCAUAUCAAACUUGCUCUAAACACAACCAGCGCCUUUUAAAAACUGUUUGUACAUUUUCCUGGUAGUCAGAAGCAUUUACAUUUAUGCAAUUUUUUUAAUAGAUUUUUUUUUAAAGAAAUUGUUUAAAUGCCUGAAGUUUCAGGAGUGUAUUACUUUAGGUUAUUUACAGUAUAAUUUUUGUAUAAAGUUCUGUUCUUUGAACCACAGCUUUAUUAUGGUACGCUACACUGGAUACAGAUACAAAGACACUGUUAAAAGAAGAUUAACUAAACACAGCAGUUGUCUGGCAUCAAGAGCUUUUCAAGUUUUACGGCCUGAAUCUGGAGGGAUAAUGAUCUGCUGUGCCUUUGCAGUCACUGCUUAGCCCAAAGUAAUAUUACUUUUGCUAAUACUCAGCACAUGAAUAUUCCUGAAGUAAUUCAGUCUCAAAAGUCUGGAAUUUUGCUCCUCAAUUACCUUUCUAAUUUUUGGACAUGCAGUUGUCUCCAAACUUGGGUAUUCAUGGGAUUUCUAGUUAAACACCUACACUUUGAUACUGAAGACUGCCAAAUAUGUAGGAAUUUCCUUUCUUAAAGCAGUAGUGAAGACUGUAUCUAUCCUUUCCCAGCACUGAAUGUUUUAAUAGCACUGGGUGCUCACCAUGAAGAAAAUGUGGAAACUCAAAAGGUCAGGACAGACUCUAAGCACUUGCAACUGAUGUUACUGACAUCAAUUUUAAUGAUUCUCAAUAUUUGUAGUUUUCAGAGAAGUUUUUAAUAUUUCUCUGUCCACUUUUAUAAGCUUUAAAAUGAUUCUCCGCCUUGAGACUUGCAUCAAGAAAAAAGCAACUCUCUUCACAUCGAAAGCUUUGAAGACUAGGGACAUGCUUUACACAUUUUAGAAAAUGUGGUCGAAUCCACAUUAAGUAGCAUCAGUUGUUGAGUUUAAAAAUCAAUUAUUGUUGCAAUUUUCAAAGGAACAUAAUGUUUAAUAUUCAAACGAUAACAGUUGCCAGAAUGUUCUUUUUAAUGUAAAAGGAACAGGAACUUUGAAAAGUGAACAUGCAGAACAGUCUUUUAUCAUUAGCUCAUGUAUUUGAGGAAGAGCAGCUGUCUUUUCUAUGUUUUUUGACAAAUCAUAUUGUAAUUCUUUUGUACAAAAAAAGAAGUACUUGUAUUCUAGAAGAAAUAUGGAAUGCUUAAUUUAUAAGCGGGCUGAGGUUUUUUCCAGUAUUGUUUUCUUUGAAAAUGAAAGGGGAUCAUCUGUUCAGUUGUGGGGUUUGGGAACCUUUGAAAAUUUAAUUUGUGGACCAAUAUUUUGUGGAAGUGUAAGGCAGGGGUAAAAUAGGGCUUGAAUUCUCAUCCUUUUUAGACCAGCACACCCUCUGCAAGACAUGUCUAAAUUGCAAACCUGUGUGUAUUUGCAUAAUGUCAGUUUGCUUCAGCCCCUAGUAACCUCAGGACUUGGUUUAAAAAUAAAAAGGUAGACAGCUAAUAAGUUUUCAUACAUAAUGUCAGCCAGAAAAUAUUUGGUGUCAGGUAAUACAUAAAAUUAAAAAGGAGUUGAGCUUUGUUUUCUAUUUAUUUUAUUUGGUCUGUAUUUGGGAAUGAUUUGAACAGUCUGAAGUUCAGCUUGGGUGUUUUUUUGGGGAGAGCCCUUCUACCCCAUUUUAAUUCCAUUUAGAAGGUUGUCCUAAAGUUGUAGUUUAAUCCAUUCAUAGGAAGAACUGUGUAUCUGUAUUUAAAAGAAGAGUCACCAGGAUGUGCCCUCCCAGAUGGGAAAUUUAUUUCUGACCUUCCUAUUUUUUACAGCUAAAAGCACAGAAGGGACAACCUUUGAAAUCAUCUGAUGUUGGUCAUUUUAAUUUUUGUACCUGUUUUAAAUUUUGUUGCUGUAUUUACUAUAUUGUAAAUAUUUUGUUGAGGGUACCUAUGUAUUUUUGAUUUGCCCUUGUUUCAGUAAUUCAGGUGUCAACUGCUUCCCCUAAAAAGCACCAGUAUGUUAAGUUCUAAUGUCAUGAUCCCAAUAUGUGUUACUCAUCUUUAAUCCUGUUUUCAUUGUUCAUGUGUACAGCAGUAUUUUUAAUAAAGAAUACCAGAAGUAA